AUGCUUGUUGUGUUUCUUCUUGCAUUUCUCGGAUUCCUGCAGAUCUUAGUACUUGCAUCGCCACUUAUUGCUGGGACUGGGUCUAUAACAGAUUUUUUGGAUCCACGAGCAGGUUUUACCGAAGAAAGUGUCAUAUCCGCAUUGGUUAGAGAGCUUAAAUCCCUAUCCAACAAGAAUUCUUCAAAAUGUGAUCAAUGUUUUACUAGACUCGCAAUAGGCAAGUCUUUAUCAUUGCUGAAGCCUGAGCUGGUGCCGCCAGUUUUCACGCGUUGGUGUAAAGAGACAGAAUAUUGGUCAAACUCAACUUGUACAUCAACUUUUGGCCGUAAUACUGCUGCAACAAGUUACACAGGUACUAAUUUUGCUGGUAUGUUAUCGCUCAUGGAUCCUUUUGGUUAUGACGGCCAACUUUAUUGUUACUACAAAGAGUCCACUUGUCCCAAACCUUAAACCCCCAACGUGACACUCUCACACAUGUGGCCUCCGAAACAACAAAAGCAUAAUGUCGCCCCCGAACCCUCUGUAAAUGAUACGUUCAACGUUUUGCACAUAUCCGACUUUCACAUCGAAUGGGACUAUACUGUGGGCACUGAAUCAAAUUGCACGGCUAGCAUGUGUUGCUCGCCCAACUCCAAAAAUGCAAAGCCUGGUACUCUACAAAACAUUUCUGCCGUUGAGUGGAACUCCUUCUAUGACUCUUACUAUACAAACGAAUCAUUUGUGGAGGGACAUCGAGUUGACGCCCUCGGAAAUACAUCAAUUUGGGCACCUGCUACGACUUUCGGUAGCUAUACUUGCGAUGUUCCCAAAAUUUUGCGCAAUUCGUCUUUGGGCUCAAUCGCCAACUUCAGCCAAGAGCGCGAUAUCCAAAUUGAUUUUGCCAUCUCCACAGGGGAUCUGGUAGAUCAUGACGAACUGACUUUGACGAGUUUAAACCUGACCAUCGAAUCAGAAAAGUAGUGUUCAGAGAUAUCAAGAAUAGAUUUGGUAACGUUCCCGUAUAUUCCGUUAUGGGAAAUCACGAUUCAUAUCCUUAUAGAGAGCUGGCUCAAGAAAACCAUGGAUUCCUCAACUAUUUCUCGUACAACGCAGAGCUCAUGACUGAUCUUUGGGAAGAUUAUGGCUGGCUUGGUCCUAAAGAGUCUCAAUAUGCGAGGAAGCACUACACUGUGUAUUCUGUUGAAACGCUCAAGGGGUUGAAGAUCAUUUCUCUUAACUCUAACGUGUGGUACAAAAAAAACCAUUACGCAUAUUGGAACGCUUCACAGCCCGACACUUUUGGCCAGAUGCAGUUCUUGGUUGAGGAGCUGGUAGAAAGCAAUGCCAAAGACCAAAGAGUAUGGAUAAUUGCGCAUAUUCCGUACUUGCAAGAAGCCCUUCCUCUUCCUGCUAAGAUGGUUUGUAGAGGUUGUUGAGCGGUUUUCUCCUUACACCAUCGCCAAUAUCUUUUUCGGCCACAUCCACAACGACCAAUUCCAGAUUUUGUGUUCGGCUCCGGGAGCUGAUGCCAGACCGUGGAAAAUGUUGUUGCUUCGGCACGGAUCUCACAGGCAGUCACGCCAUGGAUCUACAACAAUCCUUCGUGGAGGUAUAACACCAUCGACAACAAAACGUUCUCAGUUAUGAACGCUUACAACUACUACACUAAGCUCAACGAGACCUUCACAAACAACGGCAAAGAGCCCUUGUGGGAAUUCGAAUACUCAUCUCGGGAUGGUUACAACAUUACUUGGCCUGAGACGGCUCCCUUGAACGCCGAUUAUUGGCGCAAUGUGGCCAAAAAAAGAUUAACGAACCUGUGGAAUACAAUCAGUUAUACGAAAACUUCGCUAUGAGAUUCUAGCCAUUUGUUCCUGAUUGUAGUAAAUCAUCUUCUUGUGAUCUGGAUUUCUGUUACCGGACGUCAUUCACCGUUGAUGAUUAUGAUAGUUGCGUUGCACAAGUGGCUAAACCAUCUUCGUAG